AGCUAUCCCCGUCCGUCGCCCACGGCAGCAACAACUCUCGUCGACUCGCGUCUCGCACCCUCCGACGGGCCAUUGUCCCGUGCAGUCACUUGGCCGUUGCCAUUCCCGAGCCUGCCGGUUGAUUGCCCGGCCCCUUGCUGCUGCGCCGCGCGAUGGGCCGCAAACCAAACCCGCUCAUCCUCGAGUACUUCGAGCGCGGGCCGAAGCUCAACGACAAUAGCAACCGGUACCCGCAUACCUGCAAGCAAUGCGGCGAAAACUUCCCCAAGGGACGCAUCGACAGCCUUACCGCACACAUCACCAAGAAAUGCCCUGCCAUUUCUGACUCGGAGCGCAUGCGCGCCUGCCUCGAGCUGCACGGCAUCGCCCAUGCUCGAUCGGCCGCCGAGCGCCACCAGCAGGCCCUUGCGCGCGAGAAUGGCCAGGCCGUGUCUCCGGCAUCUCUACCCCAAGGAUGGAGUGCUCUCGAGACGCUCGCUGAGGCGUCGCGGCAAGUAGACCUCAACGAGAAUAGCCGUGCAGGCAGCCAAAAGGCGUCCCAGACCGCGGUUGCCCAAGCCGCCACAGCCAACGGCACACACAACGCCGACCGCUUCGAGCUCCAGGAGCAGUACACUCUAGAUAACCCCCCAGUCAGCUAUGAGAAUCGUCCACAGGGCGGUGCGCGGAGAGACGAAAGCCCCGCUCAAGGCGACCGCGCCGUCUCCGCCCUCGCCCACACGCCGCCACCGACCACCGAGCUCUCACCCGAAGAGAGGUUGCAGGCCCUUCUCCCCGUGAGCGGCUCAUCCCCCGAUCCUUCCAACAUCUCCGUCGCCGUUGCGGCUGCAGCUCGCCUCAAUCCCUCUUUUCUCGAUCCACAGCUUGUACAGCACGAUCAGCCCGCUCUGUCGCCCUCCCUGCCCGAUGCCCAGGCGUCGCCGACACCAGAGGCAGCGCAGCCCUCAUCUCAGCCUGUGGCUAGCGACGCGAGCGCCUCUCAGCCCUGGGGCGAAAUGACUUACAUGACCACCGCAUCUGCUGGUCCCGUUGCCACCGACAGCCCCCCCAUGCCAGCACCGCUCAACCGUGGGGGCGUCCGCAUGGACACCAGCGGGCCACUUUUCAACGGGCGGUCGCGUCACUACCGUUCCAAGUUCACCCCUGCGAGGCGCCAAGAGGUCAAGGAGGUCCGCAAGUUGGGCGCCUGCAUUCGAUGCCGGAUUUUGCGAAAGAUUUGCAGCAAAGGCACGCCGUGCGACACCUGUCGCAAGGUGCUGGCGCCCAGGGUCUGGAUGACAGGCUGCGUCCGUUCACGGUUACACGAGCAGCUGGACCUUUACUCGGCUGGUGUUCAGGUUGUCCUGUCACAGAAUCGCAUCAACCUCCACAAGGAUCAGCUACAGCUAACAGACGUCGGUUCCGUGGUCGAGGUCUCGCACUUUCCAGACGCCGGGAAGAGCAUCAGCCUAGCGACACUAGCGGUAAUCCUCGAGUCGGGGGAAGAUCAAGAUGAGGGCCAACAGACAAGAGAUCAUCAGGUCAUCAUGGUCAACCAGGACAAGGAAGAGGUCCCACAAAAGGUCGAGGCAUACAUGCGUGAUGUCCUUCACCUCUUCAUCGAGCGCGAGCCCUCAAAGUUCAUGCGUGUGACACUCGAGACUGCCGUGCAGCAGCUUGCCGAGAAUGAAGACGAGUUGUUGAGCAAAGCUUUGGAGCUCUGGGGCCUCGUUGAAAGCAUCGAUCGCGAAAGGCAGUGGACCAUUGUCGAGAAGCUGGCCGGCGACGAAGAGCGCUCUCGGCCCAUCAAGGAAGCGCAGACGGAAAACGGCGUCGACAUCUACACCAUGAUCUGCAUGCAGCUCAACGCCGCAGCCGAGCGCAAGGCCAACGCAACCUCGCGCGGCCUCCUCAACCUCAUGGACCGGCUCCUCGCCGACAGCAAGACCAAGGCGGGCUUCAAGACGUACCUCACGGCCAUCAUCUUCCUCAACUGCAUCGAAAAGUCGACCUGGGCCUUCAAGGCUUGGGAGCAGGACCACCUGCGGCCCGGUUGGCCUCUUGAGCGGGACCCCAGCGUCUUCACGGAACAAGGCGGCAACCUGGCUGCCCUGCUCAAGAUGCUGCUCGGCAUUCGCAAGGCACUCCCGCAGACAACACGAGGCGAGGACGGCAAGCUGGCCACAACGGAUCUCGACCCCGCCGUGUCGGCCUACUUUCAGAACCUCGACCUGGAAUAUGAUACGAUACAAGCCCGCCAAAAGGGCUCACAAUUCUCCCCAGCGGACUCGCGCUCCUUGGAGCUCAUGUUCUGCUCUCACCUCCUGCUGCCCAACCCGUCACCCUAACACUUAUACCUUUUUUUCCAACUAUUUUGCCCAUGGAUUGGGACAGCGUGCCCUCCUUGAUUUUGGCACCGAACCCCUUUCUCAUGGCUUACGACUCAACGCGCUCACGAACAUGAUACCUCCCCCGACUACCGUUGCCCAACAACUUGAUACCGUUGCCUCUCUGUUUGCUGUUGUUGCUGUUAUUCUGAUUGGUCGUGCAAGGCGUUUGGGCAAAAAGAAGAGUGUGGGGGCGAAAUAAAGACGGGUGCGCUCGCGGCAUAGAAUGAAUGAAUCCAUGUAUACGACGUGACCUACCCACUAGCCAGGCCAGACCAACUGGCGCGGGGCGAUGCAUCAAGGUAGAUCAAUAGCUUUUGUCGAGACACCUCCGCAGGUGACAAGACUCUUAAACCUACUCGAG